GAAGAUACCGGAUAAGGCACUUCUGUGUGGCCUCUCUGAUUCUUCCCUCACUAAUUACUUUCCAUCUUCCGCGAAAUGCGAUUUCUACGGUUUAUCUUGUCGGCGACGACGAUUCUCGAGACCUAAAAUCCAUAUUUAAACCUUCACUCUUCUUUUGACUGUUGUGAUGAACCCUUGCACUAUGGCGAUCAGCACUUCUGUCUCCUUCGCUGCUUUGGGGCAACUUUCGUCGGUGAAAUCGGGUCUCACCUCGACUCGCUCCUCGGAGUUUCCUAGACUCAGAGGGUUUAGGUUCACAACCUCGAGUUCGAGUUCUCAAGCUAUUGUUUUCUGCUCUUCGGCUCCGUCCGUUCUUCCUCCUACUGUGUCUGAAACAAAAUACAAAUUCCUGAAGUCAUACAAGCGACCUAUUCCCAGCAUAUACAAUAAUGUAUUGCAAGAGCUUCUUGUCCAACAACAUUUGUUGAGGUACAAGAGAACCUAUCAAUAUGAUGCUGUCUUUGCACUUGGCUUUGUCACAGUCUUUGAACAACUGAUGGAAGGGUAUCCAAACAGUGAGGAUCGAGAUGCUAUUUUUAGAGCCUAUAUCGAAGCCCUGCGGGAGGAUCCAGAGCAGUACAGAAAAGAUGCACGGAAGCUGGAAGAGUGGGCUCAGUUACAAAAUGCUAAUUCCUUAAUAGACUUCUCAUCAAGAGAAGGAGAUGUUGAAAAUAUUCUGAAAGACAUUGCUGAUCGAGCCCAGACUAAGGGAAACUUCAGCUAUAGUCGAUUCUUUGCAAUUGGACUAUUUCGUCUUCUUGAAUUGGCAAAUGCCACAGAACCAUCAUCAUUGGAAAAGCUUUGUGCGGCCUUGAAGAUAGACAAAAGGAGCGUGGAUAGGGAUCUUGAUGUUUACCGCAACCUACUGUCUAAGUUGGUUCAGGCUAAAGAACUUCUCAAGGAAUAUGUUGAUAGGGAAAAGAAGAAAAGGGAAGAAAGGUCUGGAUCUCAAAAGGCUAAUGAAGCUAUUACCAAAUGCAUAGGAGACCAACAGUAUGUUAAAGCUAAGCUCCUUCCAGUAGGCAGGUUGGUAUAGUUGCAAUUUUUGCUUGAAGAAAA